AUAUUUUCCCACUUCUUAUACACGCACUGACACACCCACACAUAUAUAAGAUAAAUAGACACACCUAUGCAUAAAAGACAGUCUUUUUAUUUAGAUUUGGUUGUUCUUGAGAUAACAGAGGACGACGAAGGGAACCCAUCUCUGUUGUGGAGAAACACUAUUCAGAUCUAGAUUCGAGAUGAUAGGUUGAGUUUCUGUGUGUGAUUUGGAGAUCUAUGUGAGUGUUUGGUUUCUGUUUAGAAGCCAUUGUCAUUUUAUUAGAGACACUUCUGAUGUCUAUGUGUGUCUAAAACUUUCAUCAGAUAUUCUCUGCUAAGAAGAUGAGAGGAGGGGGUUUGUGGCAACUUGGGCAAUCAUUAACACGUCAUCUUGCUCAGGCUGAUAAGAAGACUGUUGCUCGUCGAUACCUUUCUGCAGAAGCAGAGCUAAAAAAGACAGUUCUUCAUGACUUCCAUGUUGCUAAUGGCGGGAAGAUGGUGCCCUUUGCUGGGUGGAGCAUGCCCAUUCAAUACAAGGACUCAAUCAUGGAUUCUACUCUCAAUUGUAGGCAGAAUGGUAGCCUUUUUGAUGUCUCCCAUAUGUGUGGGCUGAGCCUCAAGGGAAAGGAUUGCAUACCUUUCCUUGAAAAGCUUGUCAUUGCUGAUGUUGCUGCUCUUGCCCCUGGAACCGGGACGCUAACUGUCUUUACAAAUGAGAAGGGAGGAGCAAUUGAUGAUUCAGUGAUAACCAAGGUGAAGGAUGAUCACAUAUACCUGGUCGUCAAUGCAGGGUGUAGGGAUAAGGAUCUGGCUCACAUUGAGGAGCAUAUGAAGGCAUUCAAGGCCAAAGGUGGGGAUGUCUUAUGGCACAUCCAUGAUGAGAGGUCACUUCUAGCUCUCCAGGGUCCAUUGGCUGGCCCAGUUCUUCAGCACCUGACAAAAAAAGACUUGAGCAAGGUAUACUUUGGGGAGUUCCAUAUGUUGGAUAUCAAUGGAGUGCACUGCUUUCUAACUAGGACAGGGUAUACUGGUGAAGAUGGUUUUGAAAUCUCCGUUCCGUCAGAGCAUGCAGUGGAUCUUGCCAAAGCAAUCUUGGAGAAAUCCGAAGGGAAGGUAAGGUUGACCGGUCUGGGAGCUAGAGACAGUCUCCGACUUGAAGCUGGGCUCUGUUUAUAUGGUAACGAUAUGGAACAACAUGUAACUCCUGUUGAGGCCGGACUCACAUGGGCCAUAGGGAAGAGAAGAAGAGCUGAAGGUGGUUUUCUAGGUGCCGAGGUGAUACUUAAGCAACUUGAAGAGGGUCCAUCAGUCAGGCGUGUUGGGGUUUUCUCUUCAGGGCCACCUCCCAGAAGCCACAAUGAGAUUCAGGAUGAUAAAGGAAAGGGCAUUGGGGAAGUCACCAGUGGAGGAUUUAGCCCCUGCCUUAAGAAGAAUAUAGCAAUGGGGUAUGUGAUAUCUGGGUCACACAAGGCAGGCACCAAAGUUAAGAUUGUAAUUCGAGGAAAGUCCUAUGAUGGGGUUGUCACAAAAAUGCCAUUUGUACCAACAAAAUACUACAAGCCAUCCUAAUUCAUCUCUGGUAUGUCAACUUCAGAAUUUUCUAAUCCGUUCUUUUUCGACAUCUUUUCGAUAAACUUGACUUCUUGUCGAUUCCAACUUCCAAUUACUAUCGGCACGAAGUACGAGGUGGAAUGUAAUAUUAUGUUUUGUUCAUUUCAUUAUGAAGUCCAUACUUGCUAGAA